AAGAAUGCUGUGACGUUGUUGAAGGUUAUUCUUUUCCACCAUUAUUACAUAGUAAACGACAAAUAAAACACGAGAAAAAGAAACAUUCUUAUUUGCUGUGGAAAACAAAAUGACUGAAUCUCCAAUUUCCACACGCCAUUGGCAACGAGUCAAUUAAAAAGUCAAGCUUUCAAUGGGUUUCAAUUUGCAUCCCAAUCCAACCAAUGUUGCAAUUUCCAUUCUUCCUAAUCCGACCUACCCACUGUUGCUUCCCCAUUCAAUAAUUCAAUUCCUGCACUGCACCAAUGGAGCUUUUGAAGCCUUUGCACCCUCACCAUGCACCCAUUUUGCGAAUUCCCUUUCACGCUGUCCCCUCUUCAUCUUCUUCUCAAUCUCAGUCUCAGGUUCCCCUCCCUAUGAUUUAUAAGGUUCAUGUCGCUGUUGGGAAAUCGCUCGACAAAGCUGUUCCUCUGCUUCGAUGGACUUUAAACCACUUUCGGAACGCGGAAAUCGUCAUUGUUCAUGCUUAUCAACCUUCUCUCACCAUCCCCACUCUAUUGGGGAAAUUGCCAGCAUCACAGGCUAGUCCUGCAGUGGUGUCUGCUUUUCGAAAAGUCGAAAGAGAACAAAUCAUGAAGCUCUUAGACAAGUAUUUGAGCAUUUGCCGCGCAGCUAGGGUUAAGGCAGCCAUUAUUGUAACCGAAGCUGACCAAGUCCAGAAAGGAAUUGUUGAUUUGGUUAUUAAGCAUAAUAUUGAGAAGCUUGUCAUUGGAGCAGUACCAGAAAAUUGCAUGAAAGUGAAAAGGAAUUCCAGUAAAGCAAAUUACACUGCCAAAAAUGCUCCUCCUUUCUGUGAAGUAUGGUUUAUCUAUAAAGGUAAACACAUUUGGACAAGAGAGGCUUCUGAAACACCAUGUUCUUCAUCCUCAUGUACUCAACCCGAGAUUGCCAUCACAGAAAGCUUGAGAUGUAGAUCUUUUCAAUAUGGUAAGAAUGAAUUAUUUGACUCAGAAUAUCUUUGGCCAAAUUCAGCAAGAACUACUGCUGUUUCUGGAAUUAGAAGUUGGGUUCAGGGGGAAAUCAUUGAAACCGAAGCCACUUUUUCAUCCAAAGCAUCCAGUUGCUGCAGUCAUUGUUCCCCCCAAAAUUCUUCUCGGGCUUAUUUUGAUACAUAUUUAGAGGUCAUGGAAGAAAGAAUUAACAAACAACUUAUUGAAACCAAGAGAGAAGCUGAGGCAGUAACAGACGAAGCCUUCACAGAGCUAUUAAAGUGUGAGAAGUUAGAAGUUGAAGCCAUGGAGGCUAUUAGGAAGGUCAAUUUGUUUGAAUCUGCCCAUGUGCGUGAAGUAAAGCUCAGAAAAGAGGCUGAGGAUGCACUGAGAGAUACAGUACAAGAACAACAAAAGCUCUUGAAUGAGAGUGAAGAAAUUGCUGGCGAGCUACAAAUGACCAUGAGAAAUAUUGCCCUGCUAGAUAGUCGUGCUCAUGAAGCAAACCGUAGGCGCGAUGAAGCUGCAGAUGAACUAUCACUAAUUCAAGAAUCCAUCUCAACCCUGUGGCAAGAAGGGCAGCAGAUUAGGAGACAGAAAACGGAAGCCCUACGUUGGCUUGAGCGGUGGAGGAGUCGUGGACAAGUUGGAGCAGCUCAUUGCAAUGGGGUCAUUGGGUUUGCCGAAGAAUUACCUGAGUUAGCAGAAUUUUCAUUAUCAGAUCUUCAAAAUGCCACAUGUAAUUUUUCCAAUAGCUUUAAAAUUGAGCAAGGUGGAUAUGGUUGCAUAUACAAGGGGGAAAUGUUGGGUAGGACUGUUGCUAUAAAAAAGUUCCAUCAACAUAACAUGCAAGGACCAUUGGAGUUUCGUCAAGAGGUUCAAGUUCUUGGUAGUCUCCAGCACCCUCAUUUAAUCACUUUGCUUGGUGUUUGCCCUGAAGCCUGGUCAAUUGUAUAUGAGUACCUCCCCAAUGGAACUCUUCAAGACUACCUAUUCCGAAAAAGCAACAAUUCCCCUUUGACAUGGAAUACCCGAGCACGAAUGAUUGCUGAAAUCGCUAGUGCUCUCUGCUUCCUACAUUCUUUUAAGCCUGAAACUAUUAUCCAUGGUGAUCUGAAGCCAGAAACUGUACUACUUGAUUCUUCACUGGGUUGCAAGAUGUGUGGAUUUGGGCUCUGCAGGCUGGUGAGCGAGGAGUCUCUCCUCCGUCCUAGUUUCCGCUUGAGCACUGAACCAAAAGGUGCUUUCACAUAUACAGAUCCAGAGUUUCAGAGAACUGGAAUACUAACCACCAAGUCUGACAUCUACUCCUUCGGGCUCAUCAUUUUACAACUUCUCACUGGUAGGACUCCAGUUGGAUUAGCAGUUUUAGUACGCAAUGCAGUUUCAUGUGGAAAGUUGUCUUCAAUUCUUGAUUCUUCAGCUGGAGAAUGGCCCUCAGCUGUGGCAAUGCAAUUGGUUGAACUGGGACUGCAAUGCUGUCAACAAUACCAUAGAGACAGACCAGAGUUAACACCUACACUUGUGAGAGAAUUGGAGCAGUUGCAUGCUUCAGAAGAGCGACCUGUACCAUCUUUUUUCUCAUGUCCAAUCCUUCAGGAAAUAAUGCAUGAUCCUCAAGUUGCGGCAGAUGGAUUUACCUAUGAAGGAGAUGCCAUACGUGAAUGGUUGGAAAAUGGACAUGAUACUUCUCCCAUGACUAAUUUGAAAUUAAGUCACCUGUUUCUUACUCCCAAUUACGCACUUCGACUUGCCAUCCAAGACUGGCUUUGCAAAUCUUGAAGCUUCUUCUAUUUAUCUGGGCUAAAGUUCUCUUUUUUAUCCUCAUUAGUUUGGGGCCAGUUUCGUUUCAGUCCCAUGAUUUUCUUUUCUUGUUUCAGUUUGUGUGUGUGGUUGUAAAUUUAUUUUGUAUCCCACAAAACAUUUUCAAAUUGAUUUGAUCCCAGCUUACGCCAUUCAAGUAGACAGAAGGAAAAAAGAACUGUAUUUUGGCCACAAUUUCCAGCCAAGAGAAAAAAGAAAAAGAAGGGAAAGUAAUAGACCGUCAUCGUCUGUGCACCCGUCAUGAUUAAGACUUUAAUAUGUUAUGGGAUUAAACUGAUUCUUGUCUCAUAUUUGAGGGGGCAAAAGAAACAACUUAGCCUUUUUAUUUAUGUAAAUAUUUGUAUAUUUUAUUAUUCUCAUUGCGUUUUGGUAAUGUUCUUCAGCUUCACCACUGUUUAGCUACAAAUGAUAUAAGACUGUUGUUUUGCUGUUGCGC